ACCGAGCGGCCGCCCCCGGAGAGGAAAAUGGGAGCCGGGGGCGAACGAGAGGGUCAGUGAGGGCGGUAGUGAGGGAGGGAGAGAGACUCACACACACACACAGAGACAGAGCGAGGAGUCGCAGCCGGGAGCCGGGAGCCGGGAGCCGCCACUCGCUACAUUCUGAUACAAUGUAUCCGUGCGGCGUCUGAGCGCCGCCACCGUCCCAGAGCCCGGCUGUCCGGUCGGACCAAGUCCCGGAGAGCCGGCGCCGUGAAGAUGGACGCGGGAGGAAUGGAGAAGGAUUGUAGCGCGCUCGGCGGCCUCUUCCAGACCAUCAUGAGCGACAUGAAGGGUGGGUACCCGGUCUGGGAAGACUUCAUCUCGAAAACCACAAAGCUGCAGUCACACCUCAGGACAACCAUCGUUAUCGCAGGUGCCUUCCUGGAUGCCUUCCAGAAAGUGGCAGACCUGGCCACAAACACGCGAGGAGCUACAAAGGAGAUCGGUUCUGCACUGACCCGAAUGUGCAUGAGGCACCGCAGUAUUGAGUCCCGGCUCAAACAACUCACUGUGGCCUUAACGGAGAGUUUGAUAAACCCCUUGGAGCUCCGGAUUGAAGAGUGGAAAAAGGUCGGCAACCAGCUCGACAAAGACCAUGCGAAAGAGUGCAAGAAAGCCCGACAAGAGAUUAAGAAGAAAUCAUCCGACACACUGAAACUGCAAAAGAAAGUUAAGAAAGGGAAGGAGGAUGCACGACUGCAGCUGGACAGCGUGCUGCAGGAUGUGAACGAGAAGUACGUGGUGCUGGAAGACACUGAGAAACAGGCGGUAUGCCGGGCGCUGAUCGAGGAACGAAGCCGCUUCUGCACCUUUGUCGCCCUGCUGCGGCCCGUGCUGGGCGAGGAGAUUGGGAUGCUUGGGGAGGUUACUCACCUACAGACUAUCCUGGAGGACCUGACUGCCCUGACGGCUGACCCGCAGACACUGCCCCCGGCCAGUGAGCAGGUGAUCUUGGAUUUGAAAGUGACGGAUGACUACAACUACACGUAUCACACACCACCCUCCUCGCCCAGCGGGACCUUAUCCCGAAGAGGAACUGUCACCAGUUCUUCCAGCGGUGCCCUGCUCCUCUCUACAGUGAGCAGACAGCCCAGCAUCACCAGCACAGAGUUGCCUGCACCCAUGGACAACAUCCAGCGGCAGCCGCUGCCCGUCCCCGUCUCCAUCUCGCACCACGGGCAGGCCUGGACCACGUUACCACCCUCAGACUGCGGUCAGGCCAGUGGAGCCCCCCUCCCAACUGUUGGACACAACGGAGCCCCAGGAGGUUGUGCAUACAGCGCAGAGAGACCCCGGGCAAUGACGGCCACGGCUACCUACAAGAUACCGCCAUUCCCUGCCCUGACGUUGGGCUCCGGGGCCGUGGGUGAGAUGCAGAGACACAGCCGGGACUCACUGCUGUGCUCCAGCGGCUACAACACUCAGACCACCACUCCCUCCGUCUCCGAGGACACCAUCCCCACACACCCUGUGAAGAAGGAGACAUCUCUGGUGGUGGUGGAUUACGACUACAUCUCCCUGCAUGGUGAGCAGGACCUGACGGACCAGAUGAAUUUCGACAAGUCGUCCACCAUCCCGAGGAACAGCGACCUGAGCCAGAACUACCGCCGCAUGUUUCAAGACAAGCGUCCAGCCUCCACCGUCAGCCUGCUCACCGAACUGGAGCCAGCCAUGCCCUCUCACAUCGCCACCAUCCGCCGGAAGCCAUCCAGCAAACCCGGCCGCCGGGGUACGGUCAGCGGGGUGCCCAUCCCCAUCCGCACUCCGGUGGUGCCUGUUCCGGUGCCCGGGGGGCACCCUGUUGGCCGGUCAGGCAGUGAGGAGUGGGUGGUCCCUCAGGCCACGCGCUGCGGCCUGGCACAGGGAAGACGUGGUCUCUGUAGUUCGGCACAGAGUCUGUGUACCAUACCGAGCUACGUACCCCAGCCUGUGGCCACCGGCCUCAACCUCAUCCCCACUGGCAACGGAUUGCCAGCACAGCCAAUGGGGGUGACAGACCCCAGUCCAGACCCCUCGCCCACAGAGCCCGGUGACGUCCUGUCCAUGAUCCGGCGCGGCGUCAAAUUGAGGAAAACUGUCACUGAUGACCGGUCCGCACCAAAGAUCAUCUAGGGUACGGCUGGGAUGGCUCGGUCCAGCACUCUCACUCUCUGACCCGCCCUCCCUCCCCCCUCUGAACCACCCUCCCUCCCCCUCUGAACCGCCCUCCCCCUCUGAACCGCCCUCCCCCUCACUGACCCACCCUUCCUCCCCCUCUGAACCGCCCUCCCCCUCACUGACCCAGCCUCCCUCCCCCUCUGAACCACCCUCCCACCCCCUCUGAACCGCCCUCCCCCUCACUGACCCACCCUCCCUCCCCGACCCACCCUCCCACCCCCUCUGAACCGCCCUCCCCUCACUGACUCGCCCUCCCCCUCACUGACCCGCCCUUCCUCCCCCUCAGAACCACCCUCCCUUCCCCUCUGAACCGCCCUCCCCCUCACUGACCCACCCUUCCUCCCCCUCUGAACCGCCCUCCCCCUCACUGACCCAGCCUCCCUUCCCCUCUGAACCACUCUCCCACCCCCUCUGAACCGCCCUCCCCCUCACUGACCCACCCUCCCUCCCCGACCCACCCUCCCACCCCCUCUGAACCGCCCUCCCCCUCACUGACCCGACCCACCCUCCCACCCCCUCUGAACCACCCUCCCACCCCCUGAACCGCCCUCCCCCUCACUGACCCGCCCGCCCUCCCCCUCUGAACCACCCUCCCUCCCCCUCACUGACCCGCCCUCCCUCCCCUCAUUGACUCGCCCUCCCCCUCACUGACCCGCCCUUCCUCCCUUCUUGCUGCCUCUCUCUCUUCCCCCCCCCUCCCUUCAUAUGACUAGUAGUUGGCCUUGGACUGAGUCCCCACCGUGAGCCCUGGUCAGGACCUUCCCUCAUCCCUGCUUCCCUGGGGGGGGUAAGCCUCUCACCACAGAGAAACCCUCAGCAUCCUGAGUGCUUGUGGACAGGGGACCAUCUCACACUCCUCAAGGUGGAGGUGACACUGGCAGUGCAGGCAAUGUCCAAGGUCGACCUCGGCUCCCUGGGGGGGUAGUGGAGGUGAUACCUCAUUCCUUCCACACCACAGGCUGGUGAGGAAAGGCGCAGUGGGAAUGCAGCGAUUCACAAGCAAAGCUGAGUUGUCAUCUCCUUCCUGGCCUCACUGUGGUGAAGCUGAAGUAUACUGUGCAUCUGCUGAGGACUUGCAUCCUGUGGAAAGUUCCACUGGUUUUUGGCAAACAAAAAAGUCGCACAGAAACCCCAUCAGAUCUCUUGUAAACCCGCGCGGUGCUUGGCUGGUGGGCGAAUCCCAUUGGCUUCACAUUGACGGAUAUUUAUUGAGAAAGCUUCUGGUUGUUCAGUGGAUUUGCUGCCUUUAAUGUUCCACCACUCCCUGAAGCAAAAGUCUUUACUUAGUUCAGAAUAUAGUUUGUAAAUGUUUGAUUUCUGUUUGUGCUGGUGCCUAUUGCUUUGUGGUGAGGAGUUGUCCUCGAGCUUCAACAGCCCCUCCUCAUCUGUGCUUUUCACUUAACUGGGCAGUUUUUUGUCAUUGUUGGCACAUCCAAAGUGUUUCGGUUUUAAAAGAUGUUUGUUAUUUUUAAAAAUAAGUUUUAAAAUCAGAAGCUUAGUGACAAUGAAUCUCUCCUGUAAUUGAUAGAUUUUUAUAACUUGCUUGGGUGCCCUCUGACUCUGGCAAAUUCCUAUUGACCUUUGUCCCAGUGCCCUCUGACCCUGCUGCUCUGCAGCCUCAUUGCGAGUCAGCCUGGAUGUCUGGGAUGACUGGUGACCCUCGCUUGUUCCUCCAAGUGCCUCUUCCUACUAAAUGUGCCAAACUCGGCCUCUGACAACCAACUGGCCUUUGGGGAAGUCAGUGACAGACCGGGAUACAAAUAUUGUCUAUUGGAGUGGCUACACCUCACUCGCUGUCCACCAACCCAGCCAGAAAUGCUCUCUGGGAAAACUGAUUGCAACACUUAGCUCCAAACUGAAAUAAUCUUAGAUUGCAGCUGAGGGUUAGUGAAUCUGAGGUUUGUUCCUGCAUCACCACAGACUGAGACCGCGUCCCUGCCUGUAUCCCCCUCCCAACGGUCACCUACGGACUGAGACCUCGUCCCUAAUUGUACCCCCCUCCCAACGGUCACCUACGGACUGAGACCGCAUCCCUGCCUGUAUCUCCCUCCCAAAUGGUCACCUACAGACUGAGACCACGUCCCUGCCUGUACCUCCCUCCCAACGGUCACCUACGGACUGAGACCACGUCCCUGCCUCCCAACGGUCACCUAUGGACUGAGACCAUGUCCCUGCCUCCCAACGGUCACCUACGGACUGAGACCACGUCCCUGCCUGUAUCCCCCUCCCAAUGGUCACCUACGGACUGAGACCAUGUCCCUGCCUCCCAACGGUCACCUACGGACUGAGACCACGUCCCUGCCUGUAUCCCCCUCCCAACGGUCACCUACGGACUGAGACCACGUCCCUGCCUCCCAAUGGUCACCUACGGACUGAGACCAUGUCCCUGCCUGUAUCCCCCUCCCAACGGUCACCUACGGACUGAGACCAUGUCCCUGCCUCCCAACGGUCACCACGGACUGAGACCAUGUCCCUGCCUCCCAACGGUCACCACGGACUGAGACCAUGUCCCUCCCUCCCAACGGUCACCACGGACUGAGACCAUGUCCCUCCCUCCCAACGGUCACCACGGACUGAGACCAUGUCCCUCCCUCCCAACAGUCACCUACGGACUGAGACCACGUCCCUGCCUGUACCUCCCUCCCAAAUGGUCACCUAUUGAGGGAGCUUCCAGUUUGUGCUUCCACUGGUGAACUGAACCAGUUAGGUCAAGUAGUUACAGAGCAAAGGCCUAAAGGAUGGUGGAAUGGUAAAGCCUAGGGGGCUGUUCACUGCUUCAGAUUUGCAGUACUCGCUGUUGGUGAAAUUGGCCAGUCGCAAUGGCCACAGCUAGAAUAUGUGUCCACAUCUAUAACCCCAGGCUUGGAGGCCCUUGGACCCAUUACCAGCACAUCCUCCCAGCCCGUGUGGAUCCAGAGAAUACUCUGCCAAUGAGGCUGCACUGGGCUGAUUCACCCCACCCCCGUGCAUCCAUUCAUGGUUCCUGUGGGAUACGGAGAGAGAUUUCUGCUAAUUGGACCUUGAUGUCCUGGCCAGAUCUCCCAGCCCAGAGGCGCUGGGGGCAGGGGAUGAGCAACACUACAAAUGGGGAAGGAGCCACUGUCUCAGGGGUGGAGAUUGCUCCCCUGCGGUCAAGGGUCAGUCAGGUUGUCUGACUGGCUUCAUCGUUCCCACAGCCCUGGAGUCCAACAGGCAGAGCUCAUCCCCUGCCUGACGGCACCCUCCUGAACCAGAGGGUGCUGAGGGUCGGGCACUGGGUUCAGGGAACGAAGUGGGUGGCUGCCACUGGCCCAUCAUCUCUGAAAAGCACAAAUGUUGAAUUUACAGGAGUAUUUUUGCAAUCUUUGCACUUUAGGCCAGAAUCUGAUUCAUGGGGAGGGGAAGAGACUCAGAGCUUUAUUAAACGCGGUAAACUUCGGAUUUUUUUUUUGUGUUAUUGAUGUAUCCAUUGCAGUUCGAGGUUUGGCUGCAUCCUACUGUGUCAAAGGUGAUGGCAGCAACUUUAUUUGACAGUUUUUCAUUGAGGUUUUCUGCCAGGGUUUUGAAAACUGGUUAUUAAUUCUUUAAUAAAAGUUGAAGAGACAAAAUUCCUUUUUUGUACAGAUUGAACUCUAGAUUUGGACAAACUCAUCGUCUCCCCAUCAGAGGUUUCCAAUUUGGCCUCGACUCUGUUAAAUUGAAUUCUCAGCACUGUUUUUGGCACCGAGGCUGCGGCAGACAGGCAGGAAUGGGCAGACGGCACUGGCCAGACAGCAGAGCCCACAACUCAGCCAGUCUCACAGGAGACACCAACUGGCCAGGUAGAUAAAACACAACUGCCUCCCUCGGUCGCUGCAUCAAACACUAACAGCCAGGUCCAGGGAUCGGAGCGAAACGAGCUUCAGAACCCUAACCUAUCGGAUGAGGCCGUCUUUUGGUUCCGUCUGUUGAACCGAGGCAGACUGUCGUUUUUUCUCUUUGUGUAAAGAUUAUAAUAUUUCCUCCUUGUAGUCCCUGCUGCAGUCUUCAAUUAAAGGAAUUCGAGGUCA